AAAACAUUGAUAAUCAAGAAUCAUCAUGUUCAAACAAAUGACAAAGCCAAGAAUUCUUUUUUCUUGUUCCUACUUUACUUUCAGUUUCGUGACCUUAAUUAUCACUUACCACUAUGGCAUUGGCACGACAGAUUCCUAAGAAAACAGGUAUUAGUUUUGUUUUCAAGCGGUUUUACACUUUACCGAGUGCACAAAAAAAGCUUCUUCAGUGUUCAGUCUUCCAAUAUGACCCUGAGGUCGGCAAAAUCUUAAAAUCUGAAGAGAAGCGACAAAAGGAGUCGAUAGGAUUAAUUGCUAGUGAAAACUUUACUUCCAAGGCUGUUAUGGAUGUCCUUGGUAGUGUGAUGCAAAACAAGUAUAGCGAAGGUUACCCGGGAGCUAGAUAUUAUGGUGGUAAUGAAUUCAUCGAUCAAGCGGAAUCUUUGUGUCAAAAGCGUGCCCUUGAAGCUUUUUGCUUGAAUUCGGAGCUUUGGGGUGUCAACGUACAGCCCCAUUCAGGUUCGCCUGCCAACCUUCAAGCUUAUCAAGCUGUUAUGAAACCCCAUGACCGUCUAAUGGGUUUGGAUUUGCCUCACGGAGGACACUUAUCUCAUGGAUUUUCUACACCUCAGAAGUCAAUUUCUGCGGUUUCUACAUAUUUCUGUACCAUGCCUUAUGGCAUCAAUUCCGAAACCGGUAUAAUUGAUUACGAUGCCUUGGAGAAGUCUGCUAUGCAAUUCCGUCCCAAGGUGAUCGUUGCAGGUGCAAGUGCCUAUUCCCGCUUAAUUGAUUAUAAACGCAUGCGUGAAAUCGCUGACAAGUGUAAUGCUUACUUGCUUUGUGAUAUGGCCCAUAUUUCUGGUCUUGUUGCUGCUGGUAUCAUUCCUUCUCCUUUUGAAUAUGCCGAUAUUGUCACCACUACAACCCAUAAAUCCCUUCGUGGACCUCGAGGCGCUAUGAUCUUCUACCGCCGUGGUCUUCGCAAUCACGACAAGAAGGGCAACCCUGUUUACUAUGAAUUGGAAGACAAAAUUAACUUUUCUGUCUUUCCUGGUCAUCAAGGUGGCCCUCACAACCACACAAUCACUGCUUUGGCUGUAGCUCUAGGCCAAGCAAAAACUCCUGAAUUUAUUGAAUAUCAAAAGAAUGUUGUCAAGAACGCCAAAGCAAUGGCCGAUGCAUUUGCAAAGAAAGAUUACAAAUUGGUUUCUGGUGGUACUGACACCCAUUUAGUUCUUGUCGACUUGACUAGUAAAGAUAUUGACGGAGCUAGGGUUGAGCGUAUUUUGGAGUUGAUCAAUAUCUCGGCUAACAAGAACACCGUUCCUGAAGACAAGUCUGCACUUAUUCCCCAUGGUUUGCGUAUUGGUACCCCGGCUUGCACCACUCGAGGCUUCAACGAACAAGAUUUUGUACGGAUCGUCGACCUUAUUGACGAAGUUGUUCAGCUAACUAUCAAAUUGAACAAGCAUGCCAAGGAGAAUGGAAAGACCAAACUUAAAGACUUUAAAAACUUUGUUGGUGACGGAAGUCAAAUUCCGGAAAUCUUUAAGUUGAAAGAACAAGUUCGUCAAUGGGCUAGCAAUUUCGACUUUCCCAUUUAAGCUUGUAGAGUUAUGUGAAUUUAAAUAUAUUUGGACACGUAAAUUAUAAGUAAAGGGAUAAAUAAUGAUAUAAUAAUUCAUAAUCAUGGUCACAGUUUACUAACAGUGUGUAUUCUUUUUAAUUGAGAUUUAGCUAGACGUCGAAGAAUUCCU